AUGGAAAAAUUACUAUAAAUCUCACAAUAAGUUAGAGAAGCAAUUGAAAAAGGUUAGGCAGUAGUGGCAUUGGAAUCAACAAUAAUAACACAUGGAAUGGAGUAUCCUACUAAUGUUUAGACUGCUUUGGGAGUUGAAGAGGAAAUUAGAGCCUAAGGGGCAAUUCCUGCAACAAUAAUUAUAACUCAAGGAGUUCUUCGAGUAGGUUUAAGUUAAGAGGAGAUUGAAGAGAUUGGAAAAAAUAAACAUUAGUAUUAGAAAUGCUCAAGAAGAGACUUGGCAUAAAUAAUUGCAUAAAAAGGAAAUGGAAGUACAACUGUGGCUGCAACAAUGAUGAUUGCUCAUAUGGCAGGAAUAAAAGUGUUUGUUACAGGAGGAAUCGGAGGAGUGCAUAGAGGAGCAGAACACACUUUUGACAUCUCUGCAGAUCUAGUUGAAUUAGGCCAACCUCAAGUAGCAGUUGUUUGUGCAGGUGCUAAAUCAAUUUUAGGCAUUCCAAAAACAUUAGAGUAUUUGGAAACACAAGGUGUGCCAGUCGUUGGAUAUAAAACUAAGCAUUUUCCUAACUUUUUCACUCCUGAUUUCCGGUUUUUUUUGUAGUACAUCUGUCAAAUCCAGUCAAGAAGCUAGUGAAUUAAUUAAAGCACAAUUCGAUUUAUUAAAACUGAAGAAUGGUAUUCUCUUUUGUGUCCCAAUACCUCAAGAUUAAGCAGCAGAUGGCUAAAUUGUAUAAUAGGCUAUUGACAAAGUAUUUUGUUAUUUACAGCUAGGCUCUUAAAGAACUUGAUGAAUAAAAUAUAAAUGGAGCUUUAGUUACCCCCUUUCUAUUGAAAAGAGUCAAUGAAAUCACUGAUGGAAUGAGUUCAAAAUCUAAUGUUGCUUUAAUUAGAAAUAAUGCAAGAGUAGGAGCUGAAAUAGCUAUAUAAUUGUUGUAAAAACGAUUGGUAUAUAUUUAAUAAGUAAAAAUAAUAUAUUAUAUAUCUGUAAUACUAAUUAAUUUAUUGCUUUUAUCUUAUACUACAAUUAAUCUUAAAUCUGAUACUAUGUCUAAAAUUAUUGAUAAUUGCAAAAACAAAUUUUUAGAUCUUAACAAUAUAAACUAUACAAAUUAAGAUUGGAAAAAUACAAUUUUAGAUUUCUAUUAAGACUUAAUUUUCUUAAAUAUUUGGGAUAUUAUUAAUAUGCUAUACAAAUAACUCUUUGCUUGA